GGCCUUGACACGCUCGUUCGUGUGACGAUCGACCGCGACAGCGUGCGCAUCGAAAACCGUGCAAAUGGAAUGACCCUCCUUUAUCACGCAGCGAGCAGGGGCUGGUGCGAGGCCAUCACGUGGCUCCUCGAGCAGGGCGCCGACGUCAACGUGGGCCUGCCGAGUCUUGGUUGGACACCACUGCACGACGCCGCUUUGCAAGGCCAUUUAGAUGCAGCGGUCCUCCUGCUCGACGCGGACGCGCGAGUCGACGUGCGCAAUAACUACGGAAACACCGCGCUCCACAAUGCCGCCUUUGACGAACACACCAACAUGUUGAAGCUGCUCCUGAGCCGCGGCGCGUCGAUCGACGUGCGCAAC